AUGUAUCCCUGCAUUGUGUAUGGCAGCGAUCGUAUUGUUAUAGUGUGCGGCAGUCUGAAGAAGAUGUUAGAUAAUUGGAGUGUCUACAGUCUACACCUGUCAAAAACUCAUAUUGAGAACAAUUGCAUGAGAGAAAUCAUCGUGUAAGCCGGACCUGUCAUAAACCUCAGCCGACUAGGCGUUGCUAAAAACCAAGCAAGCGCCGCUACUUACGUCUACAAUUAAUGUAGAGUUAAUAGUGUCAAAUCCCAGAAAAGAGUGGUUCGAUCUUUUUAUACCCGGCGCUACAAAGUAUCAAAGGGUGCAGCGCCACCUCCACUCAGGUCAAAACAGUUAGUCAUUUUUCUACAUUCACUUCUUUCUAGAUCUAGUCCACCUAAACACUGUCUCAUUAGCAGAUACUUGGCUAAUCAAAAUUGUCGGGAGAGUUCUCGAAUCCAACAUUCCACCUAGUAAAGAAACCUAG